CUCCUUUCAGUCUUUUGUUUUCUACACACUAAACUUGGGGUUUUAGGUUAAUCUUAAGUGUCACUACAGCUGGAGUGUUAAGGAGGAUAAUAUAGAGCCCCCACCCCACCCCAAACUCCACCCUUUCCUUCCGGAGGACUGCAACGUCCCAGCUACAGAUCCCUCCCACUUUGGAACUACAAAGACUUCAGCCCAGAGAGCAGCUCUGCAUCAACCACAUCACACCAGCACUGAGCCACAGCACGCAGAGGUGGGCAUAAGGCCAGGUUCCUGAGAGGUCGGCACAACUUCAGCAAAUGGUAUUGUGAUGAUAUUAAGGGCUCUGGCCUCUGACACAGCAGCAUGGAGCUGGUCCAGGACAUUUGCCACCCACCACUAAAAUAUGUGAAGGGGAUCCCACUCAUCAAGUACUUUGCAGAGGCACUUGGGCCACUGCAGAACUUCCAGGCCCUGCCUGAUGACCUGCUGAUCAGCACGUAUCCCAAGUCAGGCACCACUUGGGUGAGCCAGGUACUGGACAUGAUCUACCAGGGUGGCAACCUAGAGAAGUGUCACCAGACCCCCAUCUACGUCCGAGUGCCCUUCCUUGAGUUCAAAGUCCCAGGGUUUCCCUCAGGCUUUGAGACUCUGAAAGCAUCACCAGCCCCACGGCUCAUCAAGACACACUUGCCCCUGGCCCUGCUCCCCCAGACUCUGCUGGAUCAGAAGACCAAGGUGGUCUAUGUUGCCCGAAAUGCAAAGGACGUGGCUGUCUCUUAUUACCACUUCUACCGCAUGGCCAAAGUGCACCCUGAUCCUGGCACCUGGGACAACUUCCUGGAGAAGUUCAUGGCUGGGGAAGUUUGCUAUGGGUCCUGGUACCAGCACGUGCGGGAGUGGUGGGAGCUCAGGCACACCCACCCUGUCCUCUACCUCUUCUAUGAAGACAUGAAGGAGAACCCCAAAAGGGAGAUUCAGAAGAUUCUGGAGUUUAUAGGGCUCUCCCUGCCAGAAAAGAUUGUGGACCAUAUAGUCCACCACACGUCUUUUGAGGAGAUGAAGAAGAACCCCAUGACUAACUACACCACUAUCCCCUCUGACAUCAUGGACCACAGUGUUUCUCCCUUCAUGAGGAAAGGCAUGGCUGGUGACUGGAAAACCCUCUUCACUGUGGCCCAGAAUGAGCAAUUUGAUGCUGACUAUGCCCAGAAGAUGGCUGACUGUGACCUCAGCUUUUGCUCAUAGCUGUGAGUGGUGUUCAGUGGGAAUCACUCCAGAUGAAGUGUGUGAAACAAGCCUGACCCAUGAAUAAAAUAUUCUGUCCUCAAAAUA